GAAUUUCGAAUGUUUCAAACAGUGUUAACAUUGCCAGUUAUAUUCUUCGGUCAUGGAUCCCCUAUGAAUGGCAUAGAAGUAAAUGCAUUCACUCUCAAGUGGAAGGAACUCGCAAAGACCUUACCUAAACCAAAUUCCAUUCUUGCUGUAUCAGCUCAUUGGGAGACCGAUGGAAUAAAAGUAACAGGUAAUAAAAAGCAAAAAACCAUUCAUGACUUUGGAGGAUUCCCUAAAAAAUUGUAUGAGUAAUAGUAUACCCCUCCUGGGAAUUUGAACUUAUGUGAAAGAAUCCUACAAUUACUCCCAGAUGCUAAAAUAGACAACUCUUGGGGAUUAGAUCAUGGCUCCUGGACAAUACUACAGUAAAUGUACCCUGAAUAAGAAAUUCCUGUUAUAUAGUUAAGUCUAAGCACUAGAUUGUCAGAACAAGAACAUUAUAAUAUUGGAAAGAAAUUGACACCGUUGAGGAAAGAAGGUGUCAUGAUAAUAGGAAGUGGAAACAUCAUACAUAGUUUCAAGGAAAUGGAAUGGACAGAUACAGCAAAGCCUAGACCUUGGGCUGCCUAAUUCAAUUUGUAAGUCAAAGACAUGAUUCUAAAAAAAGAACAUGAUAAAUUAAUUAACUACAAGAAAUUAGAACAUGGAUUAAGAGCAAGUCCAACGCCAGAGCAUUAUCUGCCUUUGCUCUACAUUUUGGGACUCCAAGAAAGUAGUGAUAAAGUGACUUUCUUCAAUGAUGAAGUAGUAAUGUCUUCAUUUUCAAUGACCAGUUUAAUAUUGAAUUCCUGAGUUUAAUCUAUAUACAUCGAC